AUGGUUUUUCGCAAAGACGAGCUUGAGGUGCAGCUCAAGGACGAACAUCAGCUUAUCCAAGACGGGGUUCUUAAAGACGAUUCGCCUCUUGACACCAGCCCGGACUUCCAGAAGCUCUGUGAUGCUUGUCGCAUAGGAGAUCUGAAGGGUUGUCAGGAAGCUAUUGCCACGGGAGUCAAUAUCAAUGCUAGGGACCCCCUUUGCGGGCAUUAUGAAGUCGUUCAACUUCUCCUCGAGUCCGGCGCGCUCUGCGAACGAGAUACGUUUCAGGGCGAGCGAUGCCUCUACAACGCGUUAAAUAACCGAAUCAGGAAUCUCCUGCUCCAAUAUGAUUACUCCAAGAGUACCAAUCCGCUGCAGCCUCUGGCCUCGCACAUUACCUCUCUGCUCACUCGAAAUACACCCAAAACAUCAGAUAUCCGCCUCGCUGCUUCUUCGGAUAUUUGGGAUUUACACAAAUUUGUCCUAUCUGCAAGAUCACCAUAUUUCCAGAGGAAAUUGGCUGCAGCUCCUGAAACUGCGGUUUGGAGGCUGCCCAACACGAUUCCCCCAGAAGCAUUUCAAAUUGCACUACGGUAUUUAUAUCUUGGAGACGUACCAUCAGAUCUUGGCCUCAGCAAUAAGAGUUUUGUAUCGGAAGAAGAAGUCCUCAAGGGGAUUGACAAAAUUAGCAAACAAUUGGAAAUUGAAUCGUUGUGGGAAAGCAUAUUAUCUCCAAGUGACAGGCGGAUAGCUAGGCAACGGCACCAAGAUGAAGUAACAAGGGGAAGGGAUCAGAUCGAGACGUGGUACCGGAAUAAUGUGCUGAAGCAUAAGAUCCAUGUCGAUUCGAGCAGGGCUUCAGACGUGAAAUGGACUAGGGAUAAUGGAAUUUUCGCGGAUGUCUUGUUGCGGGCUGACGAAGAGGAGGAAACGGAUGAGCCGACUUCUGGACAAGAGACACCCAAGAUCAGAAAUACCCCUGGGCCUUUGAAUGGGAUUCCAAUUGGACCUUCAGCAAUGUUGCGGUCGGCAUCAACAACGAGGAAACCACGGAAAUCCGUCCUCUUCCCCGUUCACCGGGCAAUGCUCUUGCGUUCUGAAUAUUUUCAGACAAUGUUUGGCUCCUCAUUUCAAGAAGCCCAAAUGACAGAGUACCUGCAUAUUGUGACCGUCGAUUGCUCGCCUGCGGUCUUAGAGAUCGUUUUGACUUUCCUCUACACAGAGAAGGCCGAUAUUCCUCUCGAGCUCGCCCUCGACGUCCUCUUUGCCGCAGAUAUGCUAUUCAUCGAGAAGCUGAAAACGAAGGCCACCAUAGUCAUCAGCACGAUAGGUAACGGUGCCAGCAACCUUGCAGAUCGCACUCAUACAGAAGGCCCCGAGGAGGUUGAGAUUGAACCUAUCAACGUUUACGACGUCCUUCGAGCGGGUUGGUUCUUGAAGAUACAGAGAUUAGAAGAAUUCAGCGCGCGAUAUUUAGCCUAUAGGUUGGAGGAUUAUAUCGAUGAGGAGGAGUUUGAGGAAUUGAUCAAAGAAAGUGCGGCGAGAAUUGAAAAGAGACAGGAGACGGACAGUAUUGAGUUGGUCGAUGACAUCCGAUACUACCUGUCUGAACGCUUCCGGCUACGGUUUGAAGACUCCGGUCUCGAUGAAAUGAUGGACGAAAAUGGAGAGAUCAGCGCCGAUGCAGCGCAAGCCAUUUCCAACGCUUCUGCUCCACCAGAUGAAGCAAUCUCUAUGAGUGACCCUCCAACUAACAAACAGGAGCCUCCCUCGAACCCUUUGAUCAAUGGCGAGAUCAGGACUUUAGACGGAGAAAUAGCUGGCGAUGAGUUCGCCGCCGAUGCUAUAAAUUACCAAGUCCUUCUUGGGAAGAUCGAUGCUUUGUUAGAGCGACUGAAAUUAGAUGCCUAA